CGGCUGUACACCGUAAAGGAAAACGCUGAAACGGCGCUAACCUGUUGCACUAAGCGAUCUGACUGCAGUCUAGUGGGGCCCCGAGCAGCCUCUGCUGCAGCGUUUGCCAGGACCAACUCCUCUCUCGCUCCUGGUGUCUCUCAAUGCAUCCGACACACAGGUUUGAAACUUCCAAGAAUGGCUAUAAAUGGAGAAAUGAAGACCAACUAGAAUGACUUACCUGUGGGUUUUGAUGCAUCAUCUCAGUGAAACCAAAAGAUCCACCAUCCCAGUAAGACUGAGUUCUCCGUUCUCAAAAAUCUUGUGAAUGAAAACGUAUGAUUCUACUGCAGAUGAACAUUAUUCUAGUGCAAGAUACAUUUGGCAAUGAAUAACUCUUCAACGACCGUGCCUCCUGUUGACAAAAGCAAUGCAGUUGCGGGAUUUGUUCUAGUGCCUUUCUUUCUUCUGACGUUAGUUGGAUUCACAGUUGCUAUGGUGAUGUAUAUUCGGAAGAGACGCAGGUUGGACAAGCUGCGACAUCAGUUACUGCCUGUUUAUACCUAUGACCCUGCUGAGGAGAUGAAUGAAGCUGAGGAAGAGCUUCUCCUGGACAGUGAUGAGCCAAAGGUUAUACAAGCCUGGGGGACCUCACAACAAUAUAGGAGGGCAUUUUUCACUAAGAGCAUGAAGGCUUGAUCUUUCAGUUACAGUUUUGACUUGACAUAUUCAAAGACACCUGGCAAUUGCUGGUCCAUGUGGUUUAACAGAAGAAUGGCUACAAAUUACUGUUUCUAAAAGUGGUAAAACUUGCAUAUCGCCAGAUGGCCUCUUACAUACAAAUGAACUAUAUAUUUGGAUGGCAUGAUUUAUGCAAAUGUCAGGGCAGCAAUGCUUAUUUUAUUUGCCUUAGAGAUGGCAUCUGUGGUAUGAUCAUGCUGCAUAUACAUACAAGAGGCAUUAUUGUUCUCUGGCAAAUUUGCAGUAAUCGUGCAUCGAUGUAUGACACCAUUAAAAGAGAUUUAUUUUUCAUUUAAGAUUUUAUGUUUUAAACUUUAAUUUAAGUGUAUAAUUACAAUAGAAUUGAGAGUGUUUUAGCCAAUGGAGUAUCCAGCGCCGGCUGCAGGAUUUGUGGGUUAUUUGGUGUGUUGGGUAUUGUUUUGUUUUGGGAAGCUUACUCAGAUUCUGUAUACCGAAGGUGAUAUAAAAUUUGUUUUUGUGUCAUG